CACUCUAGCUAAAUUCAAGAUGCUUACAAAGGACAGCAAAAAGGGUAAAAUGAGGGAAAUUUCUAGAGCCCCAAAUUCCGCUACUCAACAGUACAGUGACGAAACUCUAGAACUUUUGAAAGGCAUGAUGGAAGAGUGCCGCUUAUCAAUGCUUCAGAGAAAACGUCUGCAGCAAUUCGUAGACCGAGGCGAGCCGCUUCCAGCUUUGACAAAGAGUGAUCUCAAUUCGACAACAAUGAACAAAACUUCAAGAUCAAUAAAAAAUACUGCUGUGACAGAUGGCGUAAAGCAAGUUAGAAUCGGUCGGAAAAGAACAAAAACUAUUAUAGCUACAAUGGGUGCGUAUGAGAGGGAAAAUUGCAAGCCCAAACCUGGAGUGGACAAAGACGUACAAAAAUUAAAACUGCAGAAUAUCAUGGCGUUUGGCAUUGAGAUGACUCAAUAUUCUGAUAGGCCCGAUAGAGGGAAAGGCCCUGUAAGAAGAGUUCCAUCCUUAGAAAGAAAGGACCGCUUCGACGAGCUCAUUGAAGAUAUUCACGAUCGAUGCCAAUUUUUGCAAGACGUUGCUGAAUUAGGAAAAGCUGACCAAUACAAAUCAGUUAUGGAGAGCGAGAUUGCUGCAAAAUUGAGCGCAAUGAAAGCAAUUGAUCCAUUACGGUGUGAAGAGUUUAAGAGACAACUCAAACUACCGUGCACGUUUCGAGUGUCUGUGAAAAAUAAGGCGUAA